CCUUCUUCAGAUAUACACUUUUUAUAAAAAAAAAAACCAGUAGCUUUUCUUUCUUACUUUUCUUUUCUGUUUUAUUAAUUUUUUUGUCGUUUUUCAUCAUUUGCCAUUGAUCUGAUAAGAAACAAAAGAGUCUUGCAUUUACAAUGGCUAAGAAUGUUUUUAAUGUACCUGUCUUCUUUAUUCUGUUUCGUGAAACAACAGAAGCAGCCAUUAUUAUUGCAGUCUUGUUGACGUUCUUGAAGCGUGUCUUCGAGCCUGGAUCGCCUAUCCUCAAACGUUUAUACAAACAAGUUUGGUGGGGCUCGGCCCUCGGUCUACUCAUCUGUUUGGCUAUUGGUGCAGCUUUCAUUGCUGUCUGGUAUACUGUUCUUAACAAUCUUUGGAGUUCUUCCGAAGAUAUUUGGGAAGGUGUCUUCUCACUUAUUGCUACUAUCAUGAUCACCGCCAUGGGUGUGGCUAUGCUUAGAACCGAACGAAUGCAAGAACAAUGGAAGCUCAAAUUGGCAAAGGCUAUGGAAGCCAAAGGUCGCAAGGCCGGUUUCAAAGGUUGGAUGCAACAAUACUCUUUCUUCUUCCUUCCAGCAAUUACUGUUUUAAGAGAAGGUCUUGAAGCAGUCGUGUUUAUUGGUGGUGUUUCUCUUGAUACGAAUGCUGAAUCAAUUCCUCUCCCAACUAUUGUUGGUAUCAUUUGCGGUUGUCUUGUCGGUUUCGUCAUUUAUCGUGGUGGCAGUCUUCUUCAAUUGCGUUGGUUUUUCAUUAUCUCCACUAUUAUUUUGUAUCUUGUGUCUGCUGGUUUAUUCUCCAAAGCCAUUGGUUAUUUUGAACAAAACGCAUGGAAUCAAGUCAUUGGAGGUGAAUCUGCCGAUGUUAUCGGUUAUAAAAUGACCACUGCUGUUUGGCACGUUUCUUGGGGUGAUCCUGAAGCUAAUACUGGUGAAACUGGUGGUUGGCAAAUCUUUAAUUCCAUCCUUGGUUGGAAUAACACUGCUACCAUUGGUACUAUUACUGGCUACUGUCUCUACUGGAUUUUGAUCGCCGUCAUUCUUGUCUAUAUGCAUUGGAGAGAAAAGCGCCAAGCCAUUGAUAAACUUAAUCGCGGUGAAUGGGAAGAAGAUGGUGAUGCCGCUCUUGACAACGCCAAAAAAUAUGUCGAUGAACAAGGUAAUCUGCGUGAAGCUGACAGCAGUGAGAAGCCUAAUCUCCGUACUGAAUCCAGCUCCAGCUCUAAUGCGGCAUACAAUGACGUCGACGAAGCUAUCAGUACAAACUCCAAAAAUACCAAAACAGCAGCCAUGGUCUAAAACAUUAUCAUUUCCCCUUUUCGUGUAUAUUUAUUCCAUCAUGUAAACUCUCAUACAGCAAAUGUAUUUUACUCAGUUACAUUGUAUAUAUUUAAUUUUACCAUCAUCCGUUAUACUACUCUGUACUACUUACCAUUUUAAUGCUAUUUUCACAGUUUUUUUUCCUUUCAACCAUUUUUUUUCGCUCCUCCCGAAAUCACGGGCAAUAAAUCAGCUUGUAACUUACAA